UUCUAUCACAGAUACUUGCCAGUCCUCGUAUGACAUUGGUCCAAAGCUGAUGGGUCUGUGCACAUUAGAACAGGCGGGGCUCCUGUUUAAUUCAGCAUCCAGUGGAGGGAUUGCUUAUAUAACUGGGACAACAGAUUUAGUGGAAGGAGAGAGGAGGCAAAGGCUGGGAAUGGGAGCGGUGAGCUGUCGGCAGGGGCAACACACCCAGGUGACUGCACCUCACAAGGUAGGCUGUGGGGGCUCUGGCAGCCUAUUGAAAGUGAAGGAGGCAUGGGCCUCCUGAGGCCCAGGAAGUGCCUAGUUACUAGCAUGUCAGUGAUACCCAUUGUGGGGGUGGGACAGGGAGACUGUGAUGUGAAAGCAUUGCAGCCCUGUUCUGAGGCACAGGUUGUUUUCCUGGUGCAUCAUGAAAAAAAAUUCCAACGGUUGCUUUACUAGAGGAUUUGAAUUAUGUCCAGGAAAUCCAGAUCUUCUCACAAAGCAAGGGUAAUAGGAAUUUUGAUUGGUAUUCAAAAAUGUACCUCUAGUGAUUGAGACUUGAGGGGAGUGCCUACUAAGAUGUGCAGAAACUGUAAUACUUCAGGGCCAGGUUUAGAGUGGCUCCCUUGCUUCUCAGCAGGGUGACAACAUCCAGGGCCCCUGGGUCCGAGGCUGGAAGAGCCUCUGGUCAGGUAUGGGGACCAUCAGGUCAGGUCUGGAAGAACUAUGGCAACUACAAGGGCAUCAAUGCCUACACCAGAAGCCCCUAGAGGCGACCCCACUGCUGGUAGAGAAGCCUUUGUCUGAGUGGCCAGUGCCUCAGUUCAUCAGCCUCUUUCUACCAGAGUUUCCCAUGAGGCCCAUUAGGGGGCAGCAGCAGUUGAAGAUUUUAGGUCUUGUGGCUAAAGGCUCUUUUGGAACUGUCCUGAAGGUGCUAGAUUGUGCCCAGAAAGCUGUAUUUGCAGUGAAGGUGGUACCCAAGGUGAAAGUCCUACAGAGGGACACCCUGAGGCAGUGCAAAGAGGAGGUCAGCAUCCAGAGACAGAUCAACCACCCUUUUGUACACAGCUUGGGGGACAGCUGGCAGGGAAAACGGCAUCUCUUCAUCAAUUUCUGGUGCUUUGCAGUGUGUAUCUACUGCAGCACUGAUCUGUACUCCCUGUGGUCUGCUGUUGGCUGCUUUCCUGAGGCUUCCAUUCGUCUCUUUGCGGCUGAGCUGGUCCUUGUGCUGUGCUAUCUCCAUGACGUGGGCAUCAUCCAUCGAGACGUGAAGAUGGAGAAUAUCCUUCUGGAUGAAAGAGGCCAUCUGAAACUGACAGACUUUGGUCUGUCCCGCCACCUGCCCCAGGGAGCCCGAGCCUAUACUAUCUGUGGCACUCUUCAAUACAUGGCCCCAGAGGUCCUGAGUGGUGGGCCUUACAACCAUGCUGCUGAUUGGUGGUCCCUGGGUGUCUUGCUUUUCUCUCUGGCAACUGGAAAGUUCCCAGUGGCUGCAGAGAAAGAUCAUGUGGCCAUGUUGGCAAGUGUGACCCACUGUGACUCUGAAAUUCCAGCUUCUCUUAACCAGGAGCUCUCUCUCCUGCUUCAUGAGCUCCUAUGCCAGAACCCCCUCCACCGUCUACGUUAUCUACAUCACUUCCAGGUCCACCCCUUCUUUAGGGGUGUGACCUUUGACCCAGAGCUCCUACAGAAGCAGCCAGUGGACUUUGUCAUGAAGACACAAGAUACUCAGCCCAGUCCAUUGGAGUCCAAACCCUUCAAGGACUUUGACUGUGAUCUGGAGUCCUUCCUGGUCCACUCUGUCCCUGCUUGACCCUGUCUACUAUAGAUUGGGGCCCAGCUGGGAACCUGAGGAUCUCUUCCACUACCAACUCAGUAUUACCACUUUGAUGAUCUAGUUUUGACUUUGUAGCCCCUUACUAUUCUAUUCUUCUAGGCAUUAGUCUAGAGUUCAAAUUUUGGGCACUCAGUUCCCCAUCAUACAACUUACCGGUUCAUAUAACAUCUCAGGUCAGAGUGGUAACUUUUUCCUUUGUUUCACUUCUCCAGUCUGUAGCAAAAGGCUUCCUCUACCUUUCUCUUUCCUUGUUUCUUUGCCAUGUUUCCUUUCUUGGGUAAUAACAACACUUCAUGGACUCCAAAGGUGCUAUUUAUAUGUUUAAUAGGCUAGUCAGAAGAAAUAUGUUUUUCAAAGGCUUAAAAAGUUGGCAUCUUAACACCUAAAUAUGCAGCUAAAAAAUAGAGUCUGGGAGUUGGGCAUAGUGAUGCAUGUCUGUAAUUCUAGCUACUUGGGAGGAUAAGGCAGGAAAAGUUUGAGGCCAGACUUGGCAACUUAAUGUCUCAAAAUGGAAAAAAAAAAGGCUGGGGAUAUAGUAGAAUGUUCUUGAGUUCAACCCACAAUACUGGGGUUAGGGGGAACUAAAACAAAAACUGGGGCUAAAGGUCAGUUGUCAGUAAAUCUAAUUUUUAAAAAUUGGAAAAUGAGCUAGGUAUGGUGGUGCAUGCCUGUAAUCACAGAAACUUGGGAAGCUGAGGCAGGAGGAUCAUAAGUUCAAGGUGAACCUCAGCAACUUAGCAAGACCAUGUCUCAAAAUAAGAAAUAAAAAGGGCUGGGGUUAUAGCUCAGUGGUAAAGCACCCCUAGGUUCAAUAAUUAAUACCAAAAAAAGGUGGGGGGAAUGAAUGCAAUAGCCUAAAGUGAAAAAGAAAAUAGAAACUAAAACAUGGGGGAUUAAAUGUCUUCUCUAGGGGUAACUGGAAUAGCUACCAAAAUAUUUUCCAAAAGACGAAAAGAAGUAGUGAACUGAACAUUUCUCCUAGACAGCUCAAAAUGCAGUUUUUUAUCGGCAAAUCAAGGGAUUCAAAGGCAUACAUCAACCUUAAGAUUUAAGGUUAGAGAUGUAUCUCAAGAACCUUUUCCUUUUGUAAGAAAAAUCACCUGGUCCUUGAAUUUACAAACAAUUCUUUUUUUUUUUUUUUUUUUUUUUUUUGGUGCUGAGGAUUGAACCCAGGGCCUUGUGUAUGCAAGGCAAGCACUUUACCAACUGAGCUAUAUCCCCAGCCCUACAAUUCUUUUAUGACUUUCUUUUUUCAUUUUCCUAAACUAACUUCUCAGAAGCUUCAUUUUAAUUCUGAUAUUUGAGGGGAAAAUUUGCUUUUAGCUGGGCAUGAUGGUGCACAUCUAUAAUCCCAGCAGCUCUGGAGGCUGAGGCAGGAGGAUUAUGAAUUCAAAACCAGCCUUAGCAACUUAGGGUCUUGCUGAAUUCUUGGUGCCUCACUAUCUCUAAAUAACAUAUAAAAGGGCUAGGAAUAUAGCUCAGUGGUGGAGCACCCUUGUGUUCAAUCCUUGGAAUUACCCACCCCCCCCAAAUUUGCUUUUAUAUAGACCACGUUAUAUCUUCAAUUAUAUCUGUUCUCUCUUUUCCAAUCCAAAGAGUCUGAGAGUAUCCUGUAUAUUUGUGCUUAUUAUUUCUGUCUCUGUAUUAAGCCAGAUUUUGCCUGUAUAUAAUUGGCAUUUUGUUAGUCUCUGCAGAAUUGCUUUUUCUGGAUUGUACUUCAGCAGUCCAUAUGAAUCUCUAUAAAACUUGAGUCUGUAAAAAGGUGUUAAUCAUUACAGUUCAUAAAUUUUCUCUGUGUCUAGUUGUGCUUUUCCUGAAUUGCUGUUUGGUUUUUACCUUAAAGAUAGUAAAUAUUCAACUGACUAUCUUUUUCUUCUCAUGCUAAUAUUAGACUACUUAAAGCCCAAAUUGUGCCCCACCUUCAGCAACCAUUUAUGUAUUUUGCAUGUUAGUCACAUUCUUGGUUCCAACUUGCUUUUAUUUUCCUUAUUCUCAGUUUUCUAUUCUAAUCUUUUUAAAAAUUACUGUAUUAUCUACAUUUUUGUAAGCCUUUUUUGGAAUAAGAUUGGGAUAUAAAUAAAUAAAAGAAUGUAUCCUUUAUCCUUUUAUCUCAUUUUUAUAGUUUUAUUACUUUUAAAAAGUUGUGAUGAGGGCUGGGGAUGUGGCUCAGUGGUAGAGCACUUGCCUCACAUGUGUGAGACACUGUGUUCAAUUCUCAGCAUUGCAUAUAAAUAAGGAAUAAAAUAAAGGUCCAUCAACAACCAAAAAAAAAAUUGUAAUGAACAGAAUUAUAUAUUGGAUAAAAUCCCUAAACAUAAAAAAAAUGGGAAUUAAUGGUUUCUAAAAUAGCAGUUAAGAGCAUUAGCUUAGAAUUUAUAUCUGAUGCCUAGAUUUAUCUGUCUCUGUCUUUUUUGGGGGGUGGGGGUACUGGAGAUUGAACUCAGAGGCACCUGACCACUGAGCCAUAUCCCCAGCCCUAUUUUGUAUUUUACUGAGAGACAGGGUCUCACUCAGUUCCUUAGUGCCUCGGUUUUUUUGCUGAAGCUGGCUUUGAACUCGAGAUCCUCUUGUCUUAGCCUUCUGAGCCACUGGGAUUACGGGCAUGUGCCAUGGUGCCCAGCUAUCUCAUUGUUUUUAAAUAAGUCAUUUCAACCCUUCUGGAGCAUAGUUUCCUGAUAAAUAAAAUAAUCACUGGUUCUUUA